GUCUAUGCGCUCGACAAGCCUUGGCAUGAGCACCAUCUGUGCUGCUACCAUUGCCUGAAGCCCAUCAAGCAGUCGCUCGGACAUAUGGAGAGGAAUGGGCGGGUGUAUUGUAUAAAGGACUAUAAGGACCUGUUUCUGCCAAAGUGCAGGGGAUGCGGGUUGACAGUGGAGAAGGACGCAGUGUGCGCGCAGGACGGAAGGCUGAAGGGCAAGUGGCACGCGGGAUGCUUCCGGUGUGGGACUUGCAAGAAGCCAUUCCCGGACAAGAAGUUUUAUGUGUAUAAUGAGUCGCCGUACUGC